GCGUUGAGGACAAUCCCCAUCAACAUGGCCGACGAAGGCGUGGAUGUCGCGGUUGCCCCAAGGCGGCGCAUGAAGCCGCUUCUCCUGUACGAGGAGAUCGUCUUGGGUGGAGCACAUACUGCCAAGCGCUUCACGUGUGUGGACGUUUGUGCUCGGUUCCUUGCCUGUGGUGCAACGAACGGCAGUGUCUACAUCUUUGCUCGUAGCCAGAAGAAGCAAGGCACGAACGCGUCGUCAUCUGUGACGUUCCGACUGCUGAAGAUGAUCUCCCCUCCGUCUGCUACGAGUGACCGGCAUCAGGAUCCCAUCACGUGUUUGAGCUUCUGUCCGGCGCAACGAUACCUCGUUGUCGGAACCAGUCGUGGGGCUGUGUACGCGAUCUCAUUGCUCGAUCCGGCGCGCAUUGGUGAAAAGAUCGAGUUUUCCCACCCGCUCCAUCAUGGGUUUUCCGUUUCGGCGCUGCUUUGGGACGAACCAGGUGCGCGCCUCUUUUCGGGGUGUUGCGGCGGGACAGUUGCUCAAACGACGAUUCGCGCGGGAGUCACGGCCAUUUUCGGAUCGUCGUCGACGGAAUUUCUCCUCAAAGAAGACACGUCAGUCGUCCAGCUGGACAUCCAUCACUCGAACACGACGGGGGACAUGCUCCUCGUGUCGUCACAAACGCGAGUGCUCGUGUUGAACUUGGCGGCAGCGGAGGGCGGCGUCGUCCAAGUCGGGUCGAAACUGCGUCAAGGGAACUUUGGUGGGUGCUUUUUCACCGAUCCAGAAGACAAGCAGGUCAAAGUGUACUCGUCGCGCCCAGGAAAGCGCGUGUGGGUUGCCGACCCUUUGUCCGGCACGGUCUCGUCCACACUCAAGUUUUCCAUGAGUGUGCCGCCCACCCCGUUCUUCCAAGGCCCGAACCUCCCUCCUGGCGACGAUGUGUCGGUGAAGAACCUCAAUCUGUCCACCGUGAGUCUGUUCAAGUACAUCCACGAGAGCAUGGACUUUACGCCCGAGUUGCCGCAAUUGCUCAGUUGGUCACCCAACUCAUCUGCUCUGUUCCUCAUCGACCCCAUCGCGGUCGAGCUCGUCGAGUGGCACGUCGACCUUGGCAUUAUCCACGACCUCAAGGUGCUGGAUGCGUCCGUUUUCGUUGUGCUGCAUGGCGAUCCAUGCAAAAUCGCCAUUGUCCGGGCGUGUGCUGCGAUCGAGUUUUUGGAGCUUGCCGUCUCCAACGACUUACAAAAGUCGAUCGAGCUUGCGGUCAAAUGCAACAUCUUGGACCUGUCGCUGCUUCUGAAUCUGCAGUGCAAGUGGGUCGAACACGUCAAAGUGCACCCCGAAGACGAGCCCAAGCUGUCGACGGAGACCCUGGCAGAGUUGGAAGCGCUCAUCGAUGCCGCUGCGACGCUCGUCCAAGAACACACUCGACCACAGGAGCUCGACAUUGCGCCGCCCCACGUCGUGUUCAAGCAACGGCGCGACGCCGUCGACACUCCCCCAACUUCCGGAGAUCGCGAUCAAGCACUGUCGUUGAAAAUCAACUUUUUGUACGAAAAGCCCCCGCUCUACGAAUCGGUUCAGUCGGCAACAAACCAAAUUAUCAACGUCGCGACGACCCGCCCCAAGCGUCACGUUGCGAUUGCCGACCUCGCCGCCCAAGACAAGGUGGUCGACGAAGCGUGGCGCGCACAAAACAUGCCGGCGCCGAGCGACGUGACCCUGAAACCCCCGACACUCUUUGGAGAAGUGGAUCUCGAAACGCACUUGUCCAACGCAACGUCGCAGCUCGUGUCGAUGCUCCCAGAAAAGUACUUUGGCCGGUCAGCGUCCACGUCGGCUGCGACCAUUCCCGACGAGCCGGCAGAGUUUCCCGAGUUCGACCCACCCGAUGUCCGAGAGCCGACCCAAACCAACGUCCAUAGUGUGCUCAAGCUGGCGAUGGCGGUGAGUUCGUCGACCGACGACUUGAGCUUGAUCGUGCCAGAGUCGGCGGAUGUCGUCGACGCACCGUUUGACCCCAUGUCUGGUCAAGAAGUUGUACUGGAAGCGAUCGCGACAGAGCUGUUCGUGACCGAGCUCCAAUUUCAAUCGAAGCGCCCACUCGCUCAAACCCUGAAACUCAAAGGCGACGACGUCGGCACACAUGCCGCGAUGCUGCGCAUGCAACGCCCUCCGCCCCGCUCCACGUUACCCAAGCGGCAACACGUCAAGCCAGCCCAGGCAAAACGACCACGCACCGUGUCGGAGACCAAGCAGCAGCUCAUCCUGCGGACAGUGAACAAGCAGAUAGGGGUGUACCCAGCUUCGCACGUUGAGCACAAGUGGCGCCUCGGUGGGACGAUGCAAGAUUCGGUCGACUUGCAAGCAGUCGCGGCGCAAUCGUUUGCAUCGAUGGAAGCGGAGUUUGAAAAACUGGCGGCCGCGGCCACGACCCAGCUGCACCUGUGGCCUACGGCGACUCUGACUCGACUUGGUAGCUGCCUCGUGAACGGGUACUUGAGGCAAGGCACGUUGGACCAGGUGAAAUCGUGUCUCGAAGCAUUUGUGGGCAGCUUUGACCCGACGAUCGAUGUCGCGUUGCUUCAAAAGCGAAAGCAGAUCGACCAGAUCAAAAAGAAUCAAUUGCGCGCGGUCAAGCAUCCGCCGUCGGGGCUGGAUGCUGCCGACGAUGACGACGACGACAACCUUCCACUUACACGCAGCGACUGGACGUUUGUGCGGCUCCUUGUUUCGUUCUACUUCCUCCUCCUUGGCCCGGUCCACGUCGAAGAGAUCGAUGGCACGGCGUCGGCGCUUCUUGACCGUCCACUUGUCAUUCUCGAAUUGGAUGUCCAGUGCCGCUUUGUCGAGCACCGACGCCCACCGACGACAGACGAGGCCACCGUCCAAGCCUUUCUCGCCAAAUAUGGCAACUACAUCAAUCUGGACUGGGCCGCCAAAGUGUGUAGCAUGCUAGAGUUCUCACAUGCGCUCACGGACGUGCUCAACUUUGCGAUUGCGAGCGAGAGCCUCGCGAUCGAGUGCGAGGACGUUCUGAAUAAAGUCGCCGAGAACCACUCGUUUGACUUUCCAAAUCCGUCCGCGCUGUGUGUGUGCCUCCAUCUUCUUCACGUCCUACUCAAGAAGCGGUCCGACAUCACGGUGUCGUGGUGCAUCGACAUGUAUCCACAAGUGUCGCCGUGGAAUGUGCAGUGGGCCGUUUUCGGCGCCAGUGUCGGAUUUGACAAGGCCAACUCGACCUACUUGCGGUACCUCACGACGCUGCUGCAAACACACCCCCGCGCCGCCACCGACAACUGCGCGCUCGUCACGCAAUGGCUGCACAUGCACUUUGCGCAAGGCCAAGACGAAGCGAUUCUUGUGCAGUUCCUGCGGCAGCAAGCGGUGUACAACCUACCGCAAGACGUUGUGUCAACGCUGUGUCUCGAGCAUGGCCGGUGGAAGUGUUUGCUGCAGCUUGUGCUCAACUCGCUCGCCCAUCCGUCGACCCGCGCAGCAGGGGUGCUGGAACUGCGUCAAAUGGUUUACUCCAUGCUGCAGAGCGAAGGCCACCUGUCGUCCCUGCACUCGAUCUUUCGUGACAUGAUGGGGCUCGACGCCCCAGAGACACUGGUCAGUUGCAUCUUGGAAGAAGUGGACGCUUAUAUGCAGGACGCGGCGACCGACGGCGCGAGCGACAACAAAAUAUACAUUGGCAUUUUGCACGCGUUGUUCGAUGCAUGCGGACCACACGUUGGCCUGCGGCUGCUGGAGAAAUGCCCAACUCUUCUGGCCGUGGCGCCGCUAGAGCUGUACCAAGCGCUCGUCGAGAUGCAGGCGCUGCAGAACGAGCACUCGGAGCUAGUGACACAUAUGCUGGAGGAAAUCGACACGUACAUUUGGUCGUGUAGCCGCAGCCAUCACAUGGGGUUUGCACCGCAAGUCGAAGCCAUGUUUCGUAUCGAGUGCGGGUACUACAACCACCUGAAACAGGUCGACGCUCCGGCCGCACAUGUCGCGACCAAAUGGAGCACGUCGGAAACGGCGCAAUUUUUUGAAUCGCGACGCAACGAUUGGGGUGGGGAGAUUCAGUUGCAGGACUGGCACUGCGUGCACUGCGACUUGCCCGUCGUGUACUUUGGCGCAGACGAGCGCAACUUGGACGCGGUGCUUCUUCCGUGUGGCCACGCAUUUCACGACGUCUGCCUUCCCGACCGGACAUGUUCGCUUUGUCUCGUUGAAAGCUUUCGAUUUGGUUGAUGCACCACGACAUGACCUCUCGUGUGCAAGUAUCAUGGGUUCUCAGGCUUAAUUCAAGUAAUGCGUCGUGGAGUCGUUGUC